UUGGCCAAUGGGAGCCGGAGCACUUUUCCAUCAAACCUCCCUUUUCAGGAUUUGCCGAGAGGCGAACAGAUCCAAAUGUUACCGCUACGAGAACGGAGUUAGACUUGACACGGACAAGACGCACACCGCCACUACUACAACUUCUACUACGAGUUUGCUCGCCUGUCUGAGAGUUGUUUCUCACACUACCAGGGCGAAUGAAGACUGGAGGAUCGUUACGGAUUUGGGCGCAUAAUGUUGGGAUGGAGUUUCGAGACUUCUUUGGCUCCAGGGAAGAGUAGAAAACGUUCUUCCAACUUGUCGCCGGUGUCGCUGGAUGCGAUCCCCUCCUAUGUCGGAUUAUUGUUCGUGAACUCGCUGCGUUCCUGUACGUCGCUUUGCUUUAGUAUUACCCCUCCAGUCUUUGGACUAUGGCCUCGGAUCACGGGGUCCCAGGGGCCAGCGUGUUUGGAGAUUUACCCCCGAGUUAUACGCGCUCCCAGCAGCAGCGUCCGAGCACGGAGCUCCUCCGCAGACCCAGCUACUGCCACGCCGCGUUCGCACUUAAACAGAUCUCUAAGGGUAAAGCUGUAGGUCAGAAAGCUCCCCUGUGGAUCCGCGCCAGGUUCCAGGCUCUUCUCUUCUCGCUGGGAUGCCACAUCCAGAGGCAUUGUGGGAAAGUCCUCUUUAUCGGACUCUUAGUAUUCGGAGCACUUUCUGUAGGACUCAGGGUGGCAGCAAUCGAAACGGACAUCGAACAACUAUGGGUAGAAGCUGGCAGCCGGGUGAGUCAGGAGCUGCGAUACACCAGGGAAAAGCAAGGGGAGGAGUCGGUGUUCACCUCACAAAUGCUCAUACAGACCCCCAAAGAGGAGGGCACCAAUAUCCUUACCCAGGAGGCUUUGCUAGUGCAUAUGGAGGCUGCCCUGUCCGCCAGCAAAGUCCAGGUGUCACUGUUUGGAAAAUCAUGGGACCUUAAUAAAAUAUGCUACAAAUCAGGAGUGCCUAUUAUUGAGAAUGUCAUGAUUGAGAGGAUGAUUGACAAGCUCUUCCCCUGUAUGAUAAUCACCCCACUGGACUGUUUUUGGGAAGGGGCCAAACUACAGGGAGGCUCCGCCUACUUGCCGGGAAUGCCAGAUAUCCAGUGGAUGAAUCUAGACCCGGUCAAACUCAUGGAGGAGCUAAGUCAAUUCACGCCAUUGGAGGGUUUCAAGGAGAUGCUAGACAAAGCACAGGUGGGCCACGCAUACAUGAACAGGCCAUGUCUAGACCCCUCAGACCCGGACUGCCCUUUGAGCGCACCCAAUAAGGAGCUAGAAGAGAGCCCUGACAUUGCUGGGCGUCUCCAGGGUGGUUGCCAUGGUUUCAGCAGGAAGUUCAUGCACUGGCAGGAGGAGCUGAUCCUGGGGGGGCGGGUCAAGAACAGCCAGGACACUCUGCUAAGCGCGGAGGCUCUCCAAACUAUGUUCUUAUUGAUGAGUCCUAAGCAGCUUUAUGAGCACUUCAAGGAUGACUAUGAGAUCCAUGACAUCAACUGGAAUGAAGAAAAAGCCACUGCCAUCCUGGAGUCCUGGCAAAGGAAAUUUGUUGAAGUGGUCCAUGAGAGCGUCCCAUCUAACUCCAGCCAGUCCCUUCAUGCUUUCUCUACUACCACCCUCAACGAUAUCAUGAAGUCUUUCUCUGAUGUCAGUGCCAUCAGGGUUGCUGGUGGAUACCUUCUAAUGUUGGCCUAUGCCUGUGUGACAAUGCUGCGCUGGGACUGCGCUAAGUCCCAGGGUGCUGUGGGGCUUGCUGGCGUACUUUUGGUAGCUUUGUCUGUGGCUGCUGGAUUGGGUCUAUGCUCUUUGCUGGGCCUGUCCUUCAAUGCUGCAACCACACAGGUGCUUCCAUUCCUCGCUCUAGGCAUUGGUGUAGAUGACAUGUUUCUAUUGGCCCACUCUUUUACAGAAACGAGCUCGAACAUCCCCUUUAAGGAGAAGACAGGAGACUGCUUGCGUCGCACUGGCACCAGUGUGGCUCUGACUUCCAUCAACAACAUGAUUGCGUUUUUUAUGGCAGCCCUUGUGCCCAUCCCUGCCCUACGAGCGUUUUCAUUGCAGGCGGCUGUUGUGGUUGUAUUCAACUUUGCCAUGGUGCUGCUCAUCUUCCCCGCUAUCCUCAGUUUAGACCUUCACCGCAGAGAGGACAAGCGGCUGGACGUUCUGUGCUGCCUGUAUAGCCCUUGCUCCGACCGCGUCAUCCACCUCUCCCCCCACGAGCUGUCAGAUGGAGGGGAGCAGUCUCAUGCCUCUACGGCCCCCACUCACCAGUAUGCCACAGGCUCCACCAUCACCACGAGCACUCACAUCACGACCACUGUGCAAGCUUUUACACAGUGUGAUGCAGCAGGACAGCACAUUGUCACCAUUCUCCCACCAACAUCGCAGAUAUCCACCAGCCCAUCUAUUAUCGUCUGCAAUAAUUCUCAAACACAAGCUACGACACCAACACCAACUAGUACUGUCACCGACCCCUUUGGAUCUCAGCUCUUCACCCCCACGUCCAGUUCCACGCGGGAUCUUCUGGCCCAAGUGGAAGACUCCAAAUCAGGGAAAAAGUGUGUCCCCUUGCCCUUCUUGGACUGGAACCUGUCAAGCUUUGCCCGGGACAAAUAUGCCCCUCUGUUGUUGAAGCCCAAAAGCAAAGCUAUUGUGGUGGUCUUAUUCCUGGGACUACUUGGACUAAGCCUUUAUGGGACCACCAUGGUGCACGAUGGACUAUACCUCACAGACAUUGUGCCAAGAGACACUAAGGAGUAUGACUUUAUCGAUGCGCAGUUCAAGUACUUCUCUUUUUAUAAUAUGUACAUGGUCACAAAGGACAAAUUUGAUUACGCCCGCUCACAGAGGCUACUCAUUCAGCUUCACAAUGCCUUCAAUUCAGUGAAAUACGUGGUUCGGGACAGCAACAACAAGCUACCCCGGAUGUGGCUGCACUACUUCCAAGACUGGCUUAGAGGGCUUCAGGUUGCGUUUGAUGCAGACUGGCAGUCAGGCAGGAUUACAGCUGACAGCUAUCGCAACGGCACAGAGGACGGAGCUCUGGCUUACAAGCUUCUCAUCCAAACAGGGUCCAAGAAAGAUCCAUUUAACUACAGCCAGUUAACCUCUCGUCGACUGGUGGAUUCAGAAGGUCUCAUCCCACCUGAGGUCUUUUACAUUUAUCUGACUGUUUGGGUCAGCAAUGAUCCUUUGGGCUACGCUGCCUCCCAGGCCAACUUUUACCCCCAUCCCAGAGAGUGGAUCCAUGACAAGUAUGACACCACGGGGGAGAAUCUGCGCAUUCCAGCAGCAGAGCCCCUGGAGUUUGCCCAAUUCCCAUUUUACCUGAAUGGUCUCAGACAGGCUAGUGAUUUUGUGGAGGCCAUCGAGAGUGUGCGGGCCAUCUGUGACGAGUUCAGUCGCAAGGGUGUGUUCAACUACCCAAACGGCUACCCCUUCCUGUUCUGGGAGCAGUACAUUGGACUCAGACACUGGUUCCUUCUGUCAAUCAGCGUUGUCCUGGCUUGCACUUUCCUGGUCUGCGCCAUUCUCCUGCUCAACCCUUGGACCGCUGGCAUCAUUGUGUUUAUUCUGGCCAUGAUGACUGUGGAGUUGUUUGGAAUUAUGGGAUUGAUCGGCAUCAAACUGAGCGCCAUCCCUGUAGUUAUCCUUAUUGCUUCGGUUGGCAUUGGAGUGGAGUUCACCGUUCACAUCGCACUGGGCUUCCUGACGGCGAUUGGCAACAGAAACAAGCGCUCAGCUGUGGCUUUGGAGCACAUGUUCGCCCCGGUGGUCGAUGGAGCCAUCUCCACACUGCUGGGUGUUCUGAUGUUGGCAGGAUCUGAAUUUGACUUCAUUAUGAGGUACUUCUUUGCUGUGCUGGCCCUCCUUACUGUUCUGGGCAUGCUCAAUGGUUUGGUUCUGCUGCCUGUGCUCCUGUCUCUGAUGGGGCCUCCAGCUGAGGUCACCCCUGUGGAUAACUCCAGUCGGCUGCCUUCACCUGAACCUUCCAUGCCUCCUCCAAUGACCCACCAUGGCUACUACACAGGCCACCACAACACCAGGACGUCCCAUCCACCAGCCUUCUCUGAGUCCUCAGAUUCAGAGUACUACUCUGAGGUCACUACCACCUCUGGUAUUGAAGAUGAUUAUAAGUACUGUGACCGGAGUGCAUACAUUGCAUCUCAUGCUAAUGUGCCACCUACAUCACACAUCCUGCUGGAAGCAAGCACAAACCCCAGCUUUCCCAAGCUUACGGUUGUGAAGCCUUUCAAAGAGAACACCACAGGAAGAGUGGAGCCAUCACAAACCCACGGGUCCCAGGUUACGUGCUGGGACGGAGAUAAACGGACCAGUCAGCCUUUGCCUGGUGACAGGGAGUUCUUCAGUGGGAGGACUAGUCAAAGCGGUCCCAGGGUUCAGAGCAACAGAGGGCCUCUGCCCAACAGGACUAAAGGGCCCGGCCCUGCCCUGCCACCGAAACAGGGCGCACAGGGACCUGUUACCAUGGUGACAGCCACUGCUUCUGUCACUGUGGCCGUGCACCCGACUUUACCGGGAGCAGCUUAUCAGGGCUACAUGCAUGAAGGUUUUGACACAGAUAGUGAGUCGGACUGUUUCGACGCUGCUAAAAGGACUUACAGUGACAAAACAAACAUUUCUUCAUGUAAGAGAGACUCUUUGGAGCUCCAGGACUUAGAAGCAACGCACAAGACGGAGCAUCAGCAAGGCAAGACACAUGGUGGCCUGAGGAUACAAGCAUCCAAAGAUUGCUAGACUCCUCUCCUCUCGUGUCGCCUUGUCUAUUUGAGUUUCAAACUUGUUGCUGCUUCACUGAGCACCAUGUUGCCUCUCUGGCUCUGCACCUUGACAACUCUGUACAUAGUCUUCACUAAAGCAAGGAGAGGAUCUAUUUCAAGGACAGAUUCUAAGGCCUUGUUUUAAUAAUUAUAUAAUUUUAUGAGUAUAUAUUUUAUACUAAAAAGAGGGAAGCUAUUUAAAAGAGUACUGUAUAACAUGGGUAUACUCUUGUGUAAGAUGUAAAAGAUUAUUCGUUUGUGGGACACUUGUGUUUUUGCCCCCACAUUGUACAGAAUAAGAUGUGUUAUAUGUAAAAAGUGUCCACAGAAAAUGUUAUUAAGAUAUUAGACUAUUGAACAUACAUGGUCAGUGUUUUAUCUCUAUUUGUAUUUUUCUUUUUGCUGCUACACUUUAAAAUAAUUUUAAGUGAUUUGCCUUAAAAAUGCAGUAUCUCCUCCCCCAUCAACUCUGUAGUCCAUAUUUGUAUUUUUGUUGUAUGUCACAGUUUUGGCAAUCAUUGUGCCUAUGUUUCUCAAAGCUCAUUAUUUUGUUUGUAUCGUUUACUACACCAUAGACUAGUUAGAUAACACUAUUGUAAAUACUAUGUCCAUCCUCUUGUCUUGUGUCCUCUGCUGUUUGAAACUACUUGAACGAGCUGUGAUGAGGUAUUUUUCUGCAGUUUUUGUAAGCUCAACACAUAAGCGGAGUUCACGUCUGUCACUUUUUGCGUAACAGUUGUGUAUUCCAUUGUUUAUUUUUCAAAAGGGAAUUUUUUAAUCCAAUGCAAAGGGAGUUGUAGCAUAAUACAGCAGUAUGUUCUGUUUUGUUUCUGUUUUCAGUCCAUAAGCCUGCAUUGCAUUACAUUGAUCAGUAUUGGUCUUAUCACUGCCAGGUUAAAAAUGCAGGGAAAACUCAUGUCAUAUCAGUGGCAGCUUUUGUGUAAAGUGUAAAUUAGCUACUGUGCAGUUGUGAAGAUAAAACAGCAAGUGUCAUUCACAUUACCUAACCAUAGACAGCUAUAAUAGAACUUGUUGGGGGAGGGGGAGCUUCUGCAUUGGUUUGUAGUUUAUUUCAAAAUGUUAAUGUCAUGCCAUAUAAAUUAUUUAUAUUAAAAUUUUAUUUUUGUAGUUUGUACAGAUGCUAGUAUCUAGACUGAAGUUCUAUUUUUAAAGAGUAAAUAUAUAUUAUAUAUAAAUAUAUCUAUUUGUUGCAGAUUUAUGCUGUUUUGUUUGCAUUGUGAGAUGGGGGCAAUGGUGAGGGGAGAUCAGCAACACUUUAGAGCAGAGGUUUUUUUAGGGAGAAAGGAGAAAUCUUUUGAGAUUCCUCCAUCUUCUUUGUAAUUAAAAAAUGUCCUUGUCCAUGUCUGAAACACUGUGACUUCUGAAAACUAUGCUUAAGUUUGUGUGACUGUUCCUCACCUACUAUAGAAAUUAAACUAACAAAAUAAAUU